UGGCACAUCACAAAUCUUUUUUUUUUUUUUUUAAUGUGCCAUUUAAUAGACGGCAGCUAAAGUAACUAGAACCUUACCUUGACGAUGCCUUGAAUGGUGCGCCUACAAGUUGUGGAUUCGGCGGUUCGCACGCCUUCUUCCAUCAGUGAACAAGCGACCAACCAUUCUUCGUUUCUCCCUUUUCUUUUUCUAUUCACCAAUUUUGUUUUUCUUAUAAACGAAUACCUAUGGAAAGCACAGAGAGAAACUAAACACACUGCACUCUUAGCUACUGCCUUGUUAACAAGCAUACGUUCUCCCCUCUCUCUAUCUCUUUCUCCCUGUGGACAUUACUCUAACUUCGAAGCAAGCUUCAAUCGGUUUCAGCCUCGAAGAACACCUGAAAGCUACUCGCUAUACUCCCUUGUUAACAAAGACGCAUUCCCUUCUCGCUUUCCAUUUCUCGAGUCGACAAUAAACCAAGGCUGAAGCGCAGUGAGCAAUUCAACCUGUUUCAGUCUUAAGGGUACCUAACAGAUUCAUGGAUAAUUCAACGGAAGAGAGGCUUCUUUUGCUGGAAGAAUUUGACAGGGAGGACCUGAAGAAGAGGGUUUGGAAUGAAUCCAAGAAGCUAUGGAGGAUUGCAUUUCCUGGAAUAAUAGCACGAGUGACUUCAUUUGGGAUGAUUGUGGUGACACAGUUAUUCAUGGGGCACAUUAGCGAAUUGGAUCUUGCAGCGUUUGGCCUACAGCAGAGCAUUUUGUUACGGUUUGUGAAUGGCAUAUUGAUUGGCAUGUCAAGUGCGACUGAGACCUUAUGCGGGCAAGCAUAUGGAGCUGGACACUACCACAUGAUGGGUGUUUACUUGCAGAGAUCAUGGAUCAUUGAUGGUGUAACUGCAACCAUCUUGCUUCCCCUCUUCAUUUUUACAACACCGAUAUUAAGACUAAUUGGGCAAGAGGAGAAUAUAGCAAUAGAAGCUGGAAAAAUCUCCAUUUGGUUAAUUCCCGUCCUCUACUCUUAUGUCUUUAGCUUGACCAUCCAAAUGUACUUGCAAGCACAACAAAAAAACAAGAUUGUCGGGUGCUUUUCUGCUUUCUCCUUUCUGGUUCAUGUGCUUUUGUCCUGGUUAUUUGUGAUCAAACUUGGUUUAGGGCUUACUGGUGCCAUGGGUGCAUUCAGCAUAUCAUCUUGGUUGCUCGUUAUUGGAGAGUUUGUGUACAUCUUUGGAGGUUGGUGUCCUAAUACAUGGAAAGGCUUUACUAAAGCUGCAUUUGCUGAUAUGUUACCUCUAAUAAAGCUCUCAAUAUCCUCCGGAGUCAUGAUUUGCUUAGAAUUAUGGUAUUCCUCUAUUCUUGUCUUGUUAGCUGGAUAUAUGAAGAACGCAACCAUUGCAAUAUCUGCUUUCUCCAUUUGCCUCAACAUCAAUGGAUGGGAAUUCAUGGUCUGCCUUGGGUUUUUAGGUUCUUCAUGUGUGCGCAUAUCAAAUGAAUUGGGAAUGGGCAAUGCCAAAGCUGCAAAAUUUUCUAUCAAGGUUGCCCUUGGUACUUCGAUAAUUAUCGGAAUUAUCUUCUGGGUUUUGUGCAUGGUCUUUAGUCGGGAAAUUUCAUACUUGUUUACGAGUAGUGAGGAAAUAGCAGAAUCCGUGUCCAGGCUUCAUGUUCUACUAGCAUUCUCAAUGCUGCUGAAUAGUAUUUUUCCAGUACUCACAGGUGUAGCUGUAGGUGCUGGUGUGCAAAGUAUGGUUGCAUUUGUCAACUUGGGGAGCUAUUAUGUUAUUGGGUUGCCGGUAGGAAUUCUGCUUGGAUAUGUAGCGCAUCUUCAGGUCACGGGUUUGUGGAUUGGAUUGUUGAGUGGAGUUGGAGUCCAAACACUUCUGCUAUCCUACCUUACAUGGAGGAUUGAUUGGAAUGAACAGGUAAACAAGGCAUCAGAGCGUCUUGGUCGAUUUUUUAUUGGAACAACAGAGGGAUCUGAUGAAAACUCCAAUCUUGCUUGAUAGUAAUGGACACUACUUGUUGUUGCGUGUUCAAACCAGAUUUUUAGAUGUGGUUUUGCUUCCCUCCCUGUGAGGCUAACUACGCUGCAAACUGGUCAGUGCUCUCAGCUGGCUCAUCAUGCUGGCUUGGCUCACUCUCCUUUAGGCUUGCAAUCAUUUUGAUUUUUAUCUUUCUCGCUCUGUCUAUUUUAUCAAAGAACCACUCAUCCAAAAACUUAAAUUAUUGAGGUGAGACUUCAAGAUUUAUAAUAUACUUUAUCUAUCUCUUA